GGAACAACUAAGCUUAUGUGAGACAAUGAGGUGUUGGUGCUACAAAUGGAGCCAAUGAUUAUGUUUUAAGUAUCUAAAGAAGAAGGAGAUUGAAGCAGGAAUAUUAUCAGAGAUCUGUUGUUUUUCAAAGAAAGAUGAGUUCUCAAGAACAGAAUGGAGGAAGGUGAUUGGCUGUUGGGAACAGAAGCUGAUGAGACUGAUUCUAUUGUGUCAGACUCAGAUCUAUAAAUAGUUUAGACCGCAGCAGCAAGAAUCAGUCUCUGUGGAGACUUCACAUGGUGAAUAAUGGAGGGAAAUGGAGCAACAGUCCCAAGAGGAGAAAUGGCGGGGCCUGUGGUCAUGAUACCUACAGCAACUCAAAUAUCAGUUCCUAGGAGAAAGGUGCUUCGUCAAAGGAAAGAAGGAGUGACUAAUUCCACAGAGGGCUCAGGAUUAAGCAUAAGACCUACACAAAAGAAAAAAAGUCUGAUUCCUUGUAAAUCAGUCGAGUCCCUCCCUAGCCUCUCUAGUCUCUCUGGGCUCCUUGUCCAAGCUAUUGCCUCCUGCGAGUCUGACAAUGGCCUCAGCUUCACUGAGCUGAAGAAAGUGCUCAGUGGGAAGGGCUAUGAUGUCAGCAGACAUUGCCCCAUCAUUAAGAGAAAACUGCACUCAUUGGCAUCGAAAGGUGCCUUGAUGCGCAUGACUCAUGGUGAUGGCUCGACAUUUUUCGUUGUCAGAAAGUAUCAAGAAAAUACUGUCACUACCACCGGAAUAUUUGAAGGCUCUGAGAAAACUGUAGGGAUAAAGAAGGCAGAAUCAGGAAGAAGAAAAACCAUGCACACUUCUGGAAAGACAAAGCGAGCAGCCAGACAAGCAAAGAGUUCUGGUUGGAAGGCUGGAAAGGCUAGGAGAAAGCUCCAGCGUCGCGUCAGGAAACUGAAGGCAGGAGAAAAGCAACACAGACAACGAUCCAUCAGCAAAAGCAGUGCUACAAAAAGAUUAGAGAGCCUGGCCAAAAAAGCCAUUUUGAGCAGCCCUGGGACCAAAGCUAUGUCCAAACCUAAAAGAUCAUAUCAUUCCAUUGAUAAAGCUGGAGCUACUCUAAAGAGACCAAGAAACCCCAGGAGCAGAGCCGCACCUGCUGCAAAGAAACCGAAAAGUCCUAUCAGCAAAGCAAUUCCUAACAAGUUAAGAUGUUUAGCUUCUACCAGCAAUUUCAGAGCUUCACUAAAGGCAUCUGAAAGUCCCUACAGCAAAGCAGCAUUCAUUAUGAAGAAACCUAGAUAUCGUGCGACUAAAACUGUAUCCCCUGGUAAAAGACAGAGAAGCCCCCGGAGAAAAAAUGCACAUUACCCACAAAGACAACAAAAGUCUAUCAGGGGCCGUGGUGCAUCCAUCAUGAAAAGGCCAAAGUGGAGAUAGUGGUACCAAAUUCCAAGGAACAAGGUCUUAGAGAUAUUGCAAUUUUUAAAAAUAUAUUUUUCAGAGCUACAUAAAUAUUCAAUAAAGAUGCCUAACAAACCCAAGAAGCAAUGGUUGAUUUCACCAUCUCAUGAUGAAAUAAUGAGCACCAGUAGUAAUUAGUUGGCAUUUACAUCUUUAUUUAAACAUGCAGACUACCCAGUCUUGUGGAAUCUUCCCUCAAAUGUCAAAUUCUCAAAUGUUCAGUGACUGCUUUCUUAAACCUAAUUAACUGUG